UGCAAUCUGGCUUCUCGGUGUCUAGGAGAUUGCAAGAAGAUGAUGAGCUGAGUCUGCCGGCACGGACUGAAUGCAUAAUUGGCCAAUCUUAAUCAUAGAUUUUUACUCUUGCCUUGUCUAGUUUCUUGCCAAAUUGCUGUUUAAUGUCGAACUGUGGCGUUAAGCGUCGCGGUGUAGAAACUAAAUAGCAGUGACGCCGGGAGAAAAAGCGAAGCAGUUACUGAAAGGAGUUGAGCAUCAAAUUGCACCGGAUGUCAUUACACGCUCUUAAAUAUCGAAGACUGUAAUCAAGACCAGAGCCAUGGAGGUUGUAACACAUUUUGUGAAUGACACUGUAGAAUUUUACAAAUGGAGCCUUUCUAUAGCAGACAAGAGGGUACAGAACUGGCCGUUUAUGUCAUCUCCCCUCCCAACUCUGGCCAUCAGCUGUCUGUACCUGCUCUUCCUGUGGGCGGGGCCUAGAUACAUGCAGGACCGCCAGCCCUAUACACUCAGGAAGACCCUUAUAGUGUAUAACUUCAGCAUGGUGGUGCUCAAUUUCUACAUCGCCAAAGAGCUCCUACUAGGCUCUAGAGCAGCCGGGUACAGCUACCUCUGUCAGCCUGUCAACUACUCCAAAGAUGUUAAUGAAGUCAGGAUAGCAUCUGCUCUCUGGUGGUACUACAUCUCCAAAGGAGUGGAGUUUCUGGACACAGUCUUCUUCAUCCUGAGGAAAAAGUUCAACCAGGUCAGCUUCCUUCACGUCUACCAUCACUGCACCAUGUUCAUCCUCUGGUGGAUCGGCAUCAAAUGGGUGCCUGGUGGACAAUCAUUCUUUGGUGCAACCAUCAACUCCUCCAUCCACGUCCUCAUGUACGGUUACUAUGGUCUGGCAGCUUUGGGACCUCAGAUGCAGAAGUACCUCUGGUGGAAGAAAUACCUCACCAUUAUUCAAAUGAUCCAGUUCCACGUGACCAUUGGCCAUGCAGGCUACUCACUCUACACAGGAUGUCCGUUCCCUAACUGGAUGCAGUGGGCUCUGAUUGGCUAUGCGGUCACCUUUAUCAUCCUUUUCGCCAACUUCUACUACCAUGCUUACCGGCGCAAACCCUCCUCCUCGCAUAAAGGAGGCAAGCCUGUUGCCAACGGCAACUCAGUGGUAACAAACGGUCAUAGCAAAGUGGAAGAGGUAGAGGACAACGGGAAGAGGCAAAAGAAAGGAAGAGCAAAGAGGGAGUAAAAGGAGAAAGAAGGUAUGCUUGGACGUUUGUUUAAUGGGUCAAAGAACGAGGGAGGGGUGGGGAGGGAUAAACAGAGAAGUUCAAACCAGACAAGCUUCAUCGUCCCUGCCAGUAAUGUAGAAGGAAGAUGCAAUUUGUGACCAACUUUGAAAGGGGGAAAGGGUAGCAGUGUGUGUUUGUGGCUGUGUCUGUCAGGGUUUUUGAGAGGAAGAGAAGGGUGUUGGUUGUUUCCAUAACAGGUUUUUUUUAUUAUCAAGAAAAGCAGAAUGCUGUUCAUGUAGGAGCAGCGCUCUCCUGUCCAAAUCUGUUUGGGACCAUCAAAGGACCAAAAUAUUAAAAGGAACUACAAACUGCUCAGCAUCUAUUAACUUGUCAACCAAAAUUCCUCUCCAACUUUUGUAUUCUGGAUACCACUAUUGUUUUAACUGAAAGAUUAAAUAGUCUUUAAUAUGCUUAUUUAUAUUCUAGUUCUCUAAGAGAGUUUUAUUUUAACUAUUACCAACAGAAAGAACAUGCAGAAAUUUAUACCAAAGGUGUUUUUUGUCUUGGAUCACGGGAGACAUUUUGUUUACGAAUUUAGAAAGACAACUCAUGAUGUUGUCAUGACUGCCAUCAAUUGUAUUCAAAUAGUUAUGACUCUGCGACAACAACCAACCCCUGCUGUUUCAAACUGUUAUAACUGCUGCAUUCUCAGAGAAACAAGCUACUUUUAUUUGUAUUCAAUGUGAAUUAAAACCUGGAGGGAGGGGGGCUGUAGUUCCUUUUAGAAUGUAUUCAAAUGUGUGGGUAUCUUUCUUAUUAUGUGUCUCUGUGGGUCCUCAUGAUUUAUUUCAUUUUUUGCUGUGCGAUGUAGCUGAGGUACAAGAAUAAGAGAUUGAAGUUCAGCUCAGUGUUGUCUCACUGCCAUGUAGGACUGAAGGGAAUGUCUUCCUGAAAAGCUUUUUUAAAAAACAAUUGUUGAAUUCAUUGUCUUAUUAAAAAAGGAAAGUGUCCCAGCUUUUGGCUGCACAUAUAACUGAAAUAAAGACAAUGUCAGCCCCCCCACA